UAGAUGGAGAAAUUGUGAAGGAACAUUGCCUUUUUACAUCGAAGUAUGGAUUCAAAACAUUGACAGUGAUACAGAAUGUGAAAUAUUGAGGAUCUGUUUUUCGUGUUUUAUAUUAGUUAAAAGAUGGAAUUUUCGUAAGGAUAUUCCUCUUCUUGAAAAUAAUGUUUCUGUAAAAAGAAAUUUGCUCGGUUCUUUAUAUGUCCAAAGGGAAUCUUGUGGAUUUUGGAAGAAAAUAAAAGUUAUGCAUUUAAACUGCAGAAAAUUUUGAAGAUGUAGAAUGGUGGUUUGCAGUAACUGUUUAUCUGUUGAAAGUGGUGUGAAAAUGUUACUAACUUGAUUAAUAUUGUACACUGACUUGGUUGUUGAUGAGCUAGCUAUCACAGGCUAUUGGACUUCUUGUGUAAAUUGUGUGCAAGAGUUGUUGACGAUGAGUUGUCUGUGCGGCUGUCUGUCCACGUGCUGGAACGGCCAUAAAAGGAUUAGACUUGUUCGAGAUUUGUCAAGUAUCACAGAAGUGGAUACUGACACAGAAAUAACUGGAGUUGAAGUUUCUAUAUAUACAGAUACAGACACUUCCUAUGAGAAGUUGGUCGGAGAGAAAGAGACACGACGUGGUAGUGUCCCAGCAGUUCCCGCAGCUGUUAGUGAGGACUGCGUCAAAAUGGAAACUAGCACAACAACUAGUGCCACCCCGUCACGAUUUACGAAUUUCUUGAUACGGAAAGGCUUCAAGACGAAUCUAAAGCGAGCAAAGUCGGCGAACAAGCUGGACAGAAAGAACCGCAGUGCUACACCAACGCCAGAUCCAGACAGCACGUUUGUUGGCACAUUGAAAAGGACUAUGAGUUUGGGUCGUCUUUCUAGAAAACGCACACGCUCAAAAUCGUCAGAAAUUGUCAGUCACAAAAUAAACAGUCAAGACCAGGGACACUUACCCUGUUCAUGUGUGACCCCCACCCCAGCUUCCAGAAAUACAUGGUCUGUGAUAAGUUCACGAUUAAAGAACUCGCAGUCCCAUGAAUCCUUGCUCACUACCCACAGUCCUCUACACUCGAUCGACCUGACGUCCCCCGACAUGGAAAUACGUCCGUUACAUCGUAGUAUACUGACAGAGGAUCAUUGUUUCCAGGUGUCGACGAUGCACGGGAGCAAGUAUAUCUCGUGCCGGACCGCUGAGGAACGAGAACAGUGGAUGACUAGUUUACGUCGUACAGCCAACCCACAGCAAGAGAAUAACCGUCGAAGUGAAUCUUCCCUGAAAGUCUGGGUACAGGAGGCCAAAAAUGUUCCGUCAAAGAAAAGAUAUUUCUGUGAGGUAUGUUUAGACAAACAUCUGUACGCACGGACGUCUAUCAAAACAAAGGGAGACAUGCUGUUCUGGGGAGAACAAUUUGAGUUUGACAAUUUACCAACAGUGGAGUUUUUAAUAGUGAAUCUGUAUAGAGAAGCAGACAAGAAGAAGAAGAAAGACAGAAACACAUUAAUAGGUUACUCAAAAAUACCUAUAUGUGAUAUUAGUAACAGACAAUAUGUCGAGAGAUGGUUUGCGACAAGUUCCGGAACAGUUGGUAAAGGAGGGAAAGAGAACAAGAUCGAUCUUCCUUUGAUACGUCUGAAAGUUCGUCACCAAACUGUUCAAAUACUUCCUGUUGAUCUGUAUAAAGAUCUCUCUAAUUAUUUGAAAGAAAAUUAUGUACAAUUGUGUGAGAGCCUGGAACCACUUCUCAGCAUCAAGGACAAGGAAGAGAUUGCAAAAACUCUUGUCAAUAUCAUGCAGAAGCUUGACAAAGCUCAAGACUUCCUGUCAGAGCUUGUAAUGGCCGAAGUGUUGCGUCUUGACAACAAAGAUUUGAUAUUUAGAGGUAACAGUAUUGCCACAAAGUCAAUGGAAGCUCAUAUGAAAUUGGUUGGAGAAAAGUAUUUAAACGAUACAUUGGGUGACUUUGUGCGGACAAUUAUAGAGAGUGAGGAUGAUUGCGAGGUGGAUCCCACCCGUGUCCCAAUUCCGUCCAUGUUAACACGUCAUCAAGCUAAUCUUCGUAUGUACUGCGAUAUGGUCUGGAGUAAAAUCACCACAUCAUCGUCUUUCUUUCCCUGUGAGUUACGAACAGUGUUCACAAGAUUUCGAGGGUGUUGCGAAGGAGAAGGCAAAGGUGACUUUAGCGACAACCUUAUCAGUGCUUCCAUAUUUCUACGAUUUUUAUGCCCAGCAAUUCUUUCACCGAGUUUGUUCCACCUUACGCAAGAAUAUCCCAACGAGAAAGCUGCCAGAAAUCUCACACUUAUUGCCAAAACUAUACAGACUUUGGCAAACUUUUCAAAGUUUGGUAGUAAAGAAGAGUAUACGACAUUCAUGAAUGAUUUUGUGGAUGAAGAAUGGUGCAAUAUGAAAGAUUUCCUUCAUAAAAUCUCUUCUGCCGACCCCAACGACAAUUACACAGAGUAUGAUGGAUUUAUAGAUUUUGGCAAAGAAAUGUCCAUUCUGCAUACACUUCUCAUAGAUGCGCUGGAAAAAGGCACAGAGGAGACGAUGUCAAAACUUGACAACUUACCAAAGAUACUUUCACAAAUCACCAACGAUCUGAAAGAUCCGGAUGUUUCUCAACGAAGACAGAGUAACCGAAAAAGUCAGCAUUACGACAAUCUAGUUAAUAUACAAGCCCACAUUGAUCACACAACGCCCUCGACGGAACUUUUAAAAGACAUGUUAAGACAAUGUGGUGAAUCGCCCAAUCAGUUGCCAAUAUUUGCUGUAGAUAAUAAAGACUCGGAAUCACCUAGGGGAAGUGUUGAUAAUAUAACUUCGAGUGAUUCAAACUUAACAGAGGAUAGUGUAUCGUCUAAAGUGGAAUUUACGCAUUCAGAAGUGUCAAAUGUGUCUGUCAGUUCGCGUUCCACAGUGAAUGAAUCUCGUGUAAAUAAAUCGUGGAACCAAAUGGUGAGUGCUGCGGAAGUAGUGAAUGGGGAUUAUAUUGACCUUAUUUCCUUCAUGGACGAGGAAGGAAAUCACUCAUCAAUAGAAAUGGAACAAAAUGGCAGCCAAAUGUCUAUAAGUCAAGUGUCAACGAUAGCAUCGUCUGGCUAUCAGUCGUUUGGCUAUAGUCAGUCUAGUUCACCAAUAGAUAAUGCCCACCAUGAAAACGGUCACGAGCCUCUUAAAUCUCCAAACAAUAACAGUUCAUACACACACUCUACCCCAUUGUCUUUCGCUAACCCGAUGUAUCGGCACACUCAUCGGGGGAUUACUAGUCAUGUAAAAAUGGCAUCACCUAUACUGCAAGCCUCUAGUAACAGUUCUUUGAGUAGUGAAGAGGCAAACACUGUGAAAAAUUUUAGUCCUGUAAAAACGAAAAGACAUGAAAGAGAGCACAAAGAGGCACCUGUAAAAAACAUGGCGCUUCAGCUUUCGAGCAUGAGUAGUUUAGACUCUGUGCCAGAUAAAGAUAAAAUGCACCACAGUUUAUCUAGCAGUAAUAUGUACUCCUCAGUUUCUAGUGCUGAAAGCAGGCGACUGCCAACCCACAGCAAAUCAAAUAACAAUGUGUAUUCUUUAAAUGUGGAAGUAAAUAUGAAACCACGGCAUAGCCAAUCAAAUAAUAACGUCAGUGCUAGGUCGAAAGAGACCACGUUUUCAAAUACUGUACACACGUCAAGUACACGGAAAUACCCAUUAGAAUUACGUGCAUCUAGUCCCAUCUUGUCUCAAUCUGUGUCGACCACGUCUAAUUCAGUGAGUAACAUGACAACGUAUUAUAAUACUAUAGGUAGUACACCUAGACGCGGGAAUGAGCUCUCUCAUAGCAUGGAUUUCUCGUACUCUACGCAGCGGUAUGGUGAUCAGAUCAGAAGAACGGCCACCGAUACGAGUUUGUCACAGCGUAGCUCAUCUCCGUACAGUGAUACAAGUGCAGCAUCUUCACCAGUGUCUCCACGUAGUGGGCUGUCACCGGACGACAGCUCGUUGCUACGGCGAUUGUCAGCCCAGAAUGCUGUGCAUAUGGGAAUAAGAUCAGUUCAAAGAAGAAUUCAUGAACAGGAAAAGACCAAACAAGAAUAUGAAGUAGAGGUUAACAUUUUGAAACAACAGUUGGAGGAGGCACAAGAACGACUGAAACAUGCGGAGGACCGACUUCACGAUCACGAGAAAGAAACAUCGAUGAUCGCUUCUGAGUGGCAAAUUCGUCUCGAGGAGAGCGAGGAACGUAUGAGAAAACAACAGGCGGAAAAAGAUGACCAGAUGAAAAACAUUAUACAAAGAUUGAUCCAUGUUGAAGAUGAGCUACGCACCGAACAAGAGGAUAUGCAGGAAACCGUCGCACACAAGCAGAAAGUGAUCGAGGCGCAGGAACGUCGUAUACAAUCUCUUGACGUGGCGAACAGCAAACUUGUGCAGGCGUUGAAUCAACUGAAGGAACAUUAUAAUGCAACAACUAAAAAUGGAUUAACAUCUCCGUUAAAGACAAAACUUUCUGCCGAAAUAUCUUCAUUUAAAACAAGUUCAUGCUAAAACUUGGAAGAAUUGUGCUCUUACUUGCUGUUAUACAGUAUAAUUAUAAAAUGUAGAAAAUUCUUGCAUUAUUAAUAUUAUAUAUUUGAGAUAUGUUUCUAAAUGGGCGUAAAAAAAGUUUACCACUAAUAAUAUAAUAUGUGGUAGUAUACUGUAUUGAAAACAUGAACCAGUGAAAAAAAAUCUUUAUGAUACAUAUAUCAUUGAGAAUGGCACACUAUCACUUUAACGCUAAUUUUCUAUUAUAAAAUGGCAGAAAUAUUUUACUAGUUUACAUUUACAACAAUACUUGUGGGAAAUAUCCAGGUCUAUGUUAUUAGAAUGGCUUUGAUUUACCUGUGUCUCAUUUUACACCAGAACGUGACAUCUAGAAUAAACACAUAUCUUUUUAAUCAAUAGCAAAAGAAAAAUGGCCAUUUUUGUCUUAAUUUCUGCUGAAUAAAAUGUAUUGUACUCAUUUCAUCAUGGAAGGGUACUUUUUCAUCACACAAUCAGAUUGUUGUCAUAAGCUAUAGAGAAUAAUGAUAAUUACUGUACAAGUGGUUAAGUUAGCAACAAAUUUCUGGAAUUGACGAAAAUCUAAAAUUUCUUCAAGCAUAAAAUUUAAUAUCAACCAAUCUAUUAUAAAUUCUACCUUUGCACGAUUUGCUAAUAUUUCCUCAUGGGAAAUGUCUGGAAUUUAAAAUUCGCUAACUUUUCAACUCACGGAAAUAUAUACUUAUACAGUAUAUUAUUUUAGUUAACAUUACAAGGUUUAUGCAUACCAGGGAGUGCUCUACUCAAAAUGCUAAUUAAAGAAGAAAAAAUUUUUUUUUAAAGAAGUGGAAUUCUUCUGAGACAGGUGCUUUAAUUGUAAAGAAAAGAUUUAUGAUCCAUUGAAAAUUUGGAAAAAAGAACUUGAGACCAGAUAUGCUGGCAUCAUAAACAACAUUUAUUGCCUAGACCUUUAAAAUGUAAUUUGGGUAUUAUGUUAUUUUGUGUUGCUAAGUGCUUUAAUCAUGUGUGUUUUCAUUGUACCAGCUGUUCAAAGUGCCUAAAAUCGUGAAAACCUGUAUGGAAUACUGCUGUCCUUAUAUAAUAUAUAGGAGUCCUUUACCCCUAGUUAUGUAUACAAUAAUGACAACUUACAAUACAAUACAUGUGUGUAAUAUGUAUCAUACACAUAAUGAAAAGAACGGGAACUCAAAGCGAAAAUGCAGAAAUUUAUUUUUCAGGAUUUUUUGACCAUUUUAUUUGUUUAACAUCAAAGUAUGGCGCACUGGUUCUCCUUGUUAAUUAUAAUGUAUGGUUUUGUAUGAUACCACAAAUAGCUGUGACAGAUGUAUAGUUUCCAUGGUUUAUAAACUCACUGCUGAACCAUAUGUUCUCUGAGAUAGAGGUUAUCAUAAGGAAACAUAUCUUCAUUCUUGGCCUAUAAUAUUGUGAACUGUACAAAAAGGGAAUAAGUGUUAAAUGUGUGUCAAAAUUGUGCGAUUAAAUCUGUAAAUGUGUGUCAAUGCAAGUGCUAUGUUGGUUUAGAGAUUGAAAUGUUUAAUUAAUACAAGGCUGUAUUUUAUUGACAUGGAAUUUAUAUGUAACAUGCCAACAAGAAAAAUGUUAUAUCCUGAGUUACUGAAUAUUGUCACCUUAGUGUACUAACUCUUAUUGAAUUUUAAUUGGAGUUAAACCAUUACUGCACUAAGCCAAAGGUGACAAUAUAAGUUGUUUGUGCAAUUGUCCUGAAGAUAUUGUUAAUAACUGAAAUAGCUAAAAUCAUUUUCUAUUGUUAAUGUCAAUUAAGUCAGUAAAUGUAAAUUGUUUGUAAUGUCAAAUAGUUUAUUAAAUGGAACUUGUAAGUAAUGUCAAUUAAGUUAUUAAAUAGAAAAUGACAGUUAUGCCAAUUACUUUAAUAAAUGGAAAUUACCAAUACUGUCAAAUAAUUUGUAUGUAAUGUCAAUAAUUUUAUUAAAAGAAAAUUGCCAUUUAUGUGUAUUAAUUCUUUAAAUAAUCAGUUAUGUUAAAAAAGUCUUUAAAUGGAGAAAAAAAUGUGUAUACAUAUUGUUUUUGUUACAUUGUUUUACUAAGGGAGAUAAACAGGAUGGGAAUUUUCAUUUAGAAAAAUGUUAAUUGUAAAAGAAUUGCAGAUUUGUAAAUGUUUUCAAAACUUUUGAAACAAGGUGUGUAUAAAUGUUUUGUACAUAAGAUAUUCUAUUUAUAGCUACAUGUAUUGAUGUUUCAACUUUGACAUUAAAAAAAGUGCAAUGUGAUAAAAAAAACUCAGACUUUCAAAAA